CGGCUGUCAACUGCGCUAUGCCAUCGGCCAGCUUUCGCAAGACGAUCUCGCUGGCGGGGAAAGUGGCGAUUAUCGAAGAGUACGAAGCGUCGGGUGGAACGAUCUACGCCACGGCGAAGAAGCAUGGCAUUCAGUGCAACCAGUUGUCGCGGUGGCUAAAAAACAAGGAAAACCUGGUCGCAGCUGCCAGUUUGAACCCAUCCAAAGUGACGCUUAAUCCAGGCAAGGCGCCCGCAGUUGCGAAGGAGUCACCGACGCAUCCUCACGCUGAGGAUGGGGUGACGAUGACGGAGGAAGAAACCAACCGAUCGAAGAAAAAGCGCAAGCGGUCGCCAUCGCCCACUAACACUCCUCCAGUGACGAUGCCGCCAUCGUCGCCCGCAAGUACGGUGUCUUGUCCUUCUGAGCCUGAAUCGUCCUUCCUCAAGGCACGACGAAGCACUCUUCCCACUACCGCCUCGCAUCCACCAAAUGCGAGUCAACUCCGGUGGGAAGCCACCCUUGCCACCCUCACGGCUGCCAUUCAAAAGUACAACGAGCACCAAGAACACCUCGUGGAUCUGCACCGGGAACGCUUGGAACAAGAUCGAGAUUUGAAGAAGCAGCGCCUUGCAGUGGAUACGAGGCUAGCGGACAUCGCCGAAGGCCAUCUCGUGAGCAUCCAGGAGUUGCUUGGCGAAUUGCGCAAAAGGGCGACAACCGAUCCAUGACAAAUUACAGACAUUUGAUUGGUUGAUAAAGUUGAAAUACAUUCAUUUUAUUG